UGUACAUCUUUGGCUAAAAGAGAUUGAAAACUAAUGUAGGUAAGAACUGGGGUUUCAUAACUCUUAUUUACAACUGAUCCUUCUGGAUCUCCUGAAUGUUAGCGCAGGUGUGUGGUUUCUACACAUGCCUGGAAAAGAAAGAGUACAAUCUUGGUCAGAGUUUCGACCUAUGGUACCUGUAUGAUACCUGUAUGAUACCUCUGAGCCGGGAUUGACCUUUCUGGUCGUUUCUGUUGGAGGCGGGGCGAACUUUUCUCUCUCUAUACGCACCUGCCGUCGCACACCUGGAUUCAGGAAGUGCUGUGACGUCGGAGGGAGAGGCGUUUGAAGGAAUGGCAAAAAUCCUGCUCGACCUGAUGAGUGACCAGCUCGCAUAUAUUUUGGGUCGACACUGGCGCACAAUUGCAGAAGUCUUAGCAGUCAGCCUGAACAAACAUACAAACAGUCGACUGAGCAGGUCGCUCGCGUGUCAGAUUUAUUUUAAGGAAUAUAUUUGAGGAGGAAAUAUUUUAAAAGAAGAAGAAGAAGAACAAAAAUAUGUCUCUUCAUGCGAGUAUUUUACCCGAUCAGGCGGUCUUUGCUGACUUCAGAAAUCAGUGUUUAUCAACGGACAACUGGAUGAACAAGUAUGAUAAUAAUGGCAUGCAAGUGUGGGUCGAAGUUCCUUCAAAGAAAGAAAAUCACGUUCCUAAAAUCCACAAGAUCAAGUGUAAAAUGACAAUCAAAGACGUAGCAGCUGCCACCAUGUAUGACGUCCUUCACGACAGCCAGUACCGUAAGGAGUGGGACCCCGCCAUGUUGGAGAGCUUUGACAUUGGCCGGCUCUCUGCUAACGCUGAUGUGGGCUACUAUUCAUGGCGUUGUCCGAAGCCAAUAAAGAACAGAGAUGUGGUGACUCUGCGGUCGUGGCAGGUGAAGGAUGACGAGUACGUUAUUGUUAACUUCUCGGUCAAACACCCGGAUUACCCUCCUCGCAGCAACCUCGUGAGAGCUGUUUCCAUCCUCACUGGCUAUUUUAUCAAGGCCACAGGACCCAAUAGCUGCACUUUUAUAUACCUUUCGCAAGCUGAUCCCAAAGGUUCCAUCCCAAAGGUUGUAGUAAACGUAGCCUCUCAAGUUCUCGCUCCAAAGGUGAUGAAGUGUGUACACGGGGCGGGGCAGAACUACAGGGAGUGGAAACAGAAGAACUCCCCCAACCAGAAGCCCUGGUUGUACCCAGAGCAGAACACCCUGCCCAUGAUGGACCCCUCCGAACUGUCCAUACAGAGGGCGGACUCGCUCGAAAACGUGGACGAGACUUCCAAGGAGGACAUUCAGAACAGCGACGACAGCAGUUAAAUCAGCAUCAAAGUGACGAGAGGGAGAGACUGGAGGACGGACUAUGAAUACCCCCAACUUCGAGAAGACUCGAGACCUGUGAUUUAUCCAAUUUUUCCACAUCAGUGUGCCUUUUGGGAUGAAGUAUUUACAGCUGUCUCACCAGACAGCACAUACGAGCACAGAUCAAGUUUGCAUUUGCCUCAUGUUGAACUAACCAAACAUGUUUUUCAGUGUUUAUUUAUUUAUUUUUUUAAAUAGCAUCCAGACCUAGAGGUGUUGGGGUUUGAAUGUGUCAUAGUUACAGCACUACAUUUACAAUAGGGUCCUCCGUGGGGCCUUUUUUAGUUGCAGCUAUGUUGAAAUAUGUCUUUUAAAUGAAUGGAUGAAGCGUAGCUGUCCGCUGGUUACUCCUUGCCUUUACAAGUGACUGUGAAUGGAAGUUAGAUCAGUGGUGAAAAUGGUAGAGAAGUGAAAUUUCGCAUUUUUGACGCUUCAGUUUUUCCACCCAGGAUUUUCACAAAGUAAUUGCCUGUUAAAACCUACAAGAAGCAGUUUCGGCUUAACCUUUUUUCUUUGCUAUCUGAUCAAAGUGAUCUGAGCCUGAAUUGGACACGCUUAAAAAUGGUUACUUUUCAUUUUGGUAAAUCACAUUAUUAUGGUUACUGUUAAAACAUGCAGCAGCUCUGGGAAAUAACAUAAUUCACCAUCACUACAUUUGCUGCUGAUUUAGUUUUCAAAUAAAUUUGAACAUUUUAUUGCUAACCAUUAGUGGGUUUUAUUUAGUUGUGAUUAAUGAGCGACUGUGCUAUGUUUCAGUCUUUAAGGUGUGAUACAUGCAGACUCUUUGAAGGUUCAUCGUAUUUAUUCAGAUAUUUAUGUGAUCUGAUCCUUUAGACAGACCUUAGACCUGCACUGGCAUUCAAGGAGGGGAUCUGUUGUUGAUUUCUGAGAAUGAAAAUCAGGUUAGGUUGUAUUAACAUGUAAAAUGUACACAGCAAGUUUGCAUUUUCUCAAAUGAAGGAUUGGAAUGACCAUAAAGUUGAUCUUUUAUUUAUUUGUUUGAAGUUAGUAUACGCUCAGAUGAAGUCAUGAUGGAGAAAAGACCCCGGAAAGAAUCCCUGCAGAUUUUUGUUGUGUUGCGUUUUUCUUCUUAAGAUUAUUUGACGUAACUGAUGUACAUGGUCCUGACUUUUUUUUAAUAAAAAAAAUAAUAAUAAUAAACCUUGCAAGGUGAACAUGCUGUUUCGUA